AAAAAAUAAACAGAUGACAGCGAUAUCAGUUGACAAAUAUUCGCAAAAAUUUUAGUUUGCGCAUGCGUACUUAGAAUGCUUGGUGUUGUCAAGCAUGGAGAAUUUUACUAUUAAAGAACAAAUUGGCAAAGGAGCCCAAGCCACUGUUUACCUUGUGGAGAGGCAGCAGGAUAAACAGAAAUUUGUCCUCAAAAAGGUGGAAUGUUUUGAUGAGAGUGAAGCAAACAAAGCUUUUAAGGAGGCAUCAGUUCUUCGUGAUCUGCAACAUGUGUAUGUGUCAGGGUACAAAGAGUUUUUUGUCCUGUGGGAAAAGCAGGAUUCCUCUGUUUACAUCUGUAUUUUGAUGGACUAUUUCCCAAAAGGAACUCUCCUAACAGUGCUGUCUAAAUAUAGAGAGAAGAAGGAAGUUAUUGAUGAAGAGCAAAUUAAGCAAUGGCUGGGACAGGUACUAGAAGCUUUGAUGUAUGCCCACAAGAAGAAAAUUCUCCACAGGGAUAUUCGCCCCAGUAAUAUAUACGUACAAGCUGAUGACACUCUUGCACUUGGGGAUUUUGGUGUUGAUACAAUAAUGGGCGAUGCUAUAACAUGUACCCGUGCUAAUGCAGGCAAAAAGCCUUUUGGUGCCACUGGUUACAAGGAUAGAUUUAAAUCUUCAAUGAAUUACAUGGCCCCGGAAUGUGUAAGCCAUGGAUACAGUGAGACCUGUGAUAUAUGGUCACUAGGCUGUGUCCUGUUUGAACUGGUCACAGCGUGGCUUUACAACUCGGACGAAGCUAUAGCUAAGCUGCAGCAAGUAAGGAACGAUCCAGGAGUGCUUGAUGAAGUCUUUGAAGACAUUUCAAAGCAUUACUCAGAUGCUCUGAUCUCGUUAUUGGCAUGUAUGUUAAAAGUGAAUCAUACUCAAAGAUCUACACUGGGAAGUUUGUUAAACAUGCCGUAUGUGAGAAAAUGUUUAGAAAUGAGUGAUUCAUCACAGCUGGAGAAGAGAAAACGCCUGAAAUCUGCGUCCACGGCCAAAUCUGAAAUAACAGUUAAAGAAGAAGUCAGUAGAUGGCCGGUACCGAAGGGUCAAGGAGUUUUAAAGGUGUUAGAGUACCUGGCUAACAUGGUGGAUUAUGAUGAAUGUGUUAAAGAGGCACUAGAAUACCUCCUCGAACUCUCCAAAUCUGAGGGCGGUCUUAACCUAGAUCCCAGAGGGAAGAAAUUGGUUGCUAUGGCAAUGAAGAACAACAUGACUGAUGCAGAGAUACAGAUCAGUGGUUGUAAUGUACUAAACAGUCUUGUUAUGUGUGCUGAGGUGAAUGAUGUACUUUUCACACCGGAGGUUAUAGCAGUGUUACCAUUGUCCAUGGAGAAUCACAAAGAUAAUUUAGAUGUACAGUAUGCUGCAAGCUCUCUACUUAUGGCCCUGGCUGCUAACACUUUAGCAGGUGAGGUGAUUGGACAUCUAGGUGGUGUUCAGGACAUACUGGUGGCUCUUAGAACACAUCCGAACAAUGCUAAACUGUGUAGUACCUGUCUUAGUGCAUUAUGGGGUCUGACAGUACAUGGUAAUAAUGUUAAGAUAGCUACAGAGGAGAAAGGUGUAAAGGAAGUGUGCAAUGUUCUCAAGAUUCAUAUGAACUCAUCCGAGGUCGCCGAGGCAGCCUCAGCAUCAAUUCUAGCUCUUUCUUUAGAUGAGGAGAAUCUAGAAAUAAUUUGUGAUUUAGACGGGGUGGGUCUGCUGAUAGAGACAAUCAAAACACACGGGAAGAAUUCCAAGGUCGUUAAAAAUGCUUGCCUUGCACUGGCUAGUUUGGUAGAAAUAGAUGAGGAGUCAGCCUAUAGAGUGUUAACCAAUGAGGGGCCAGGGAACACCCACAUUGCUGGUAUACCUAUAAUUAUGAAGACUUAUGAACUACACAAGGACAAUGCGGAGGUCGUGGAAAGUGUUGUAACAUUAUUAAUGGAAUUAGCAGAGUAUGAUGAUGUGAGGUCGGAAAUGAACCAUCUAAAAAUUGGACCGGAAUUACUCUCGGAAAUAUUUAAACGUUUCAAAGAGAAUGUGGAUAUCAUGGGACCCUGUGAGAAAGCUUUGGAGAGGUUACAGGAUGUGAAACAGAUCCCGGUACCCAAAACACCAAGCCCGGAACCAGUUCUACAGGAAGUGGCCGGACAGGCAUAAUUUACCUAACAUUUUAACUUAUGACUUUUGAUUUUAAAGAAAAAUUGUUUUUGAGUUUUUAAAUAAGUAAGUUAAGAAUAACUGGACUGAAUUAUGAAGGCUAUUUUUAUAUUGCAAAUUCUUUGUAUAAAAGGAGAUUAUUUUUUAAAUAUAAAAACCA